GAUGAAGCGAAGACAAAAAAUGUUAAUGAAAGAAGAUAUAAAUACAUUCGUGCUAAAGGUUAUGACAUAAGCUGUACUGUACAGUAUGAUGUAGCUAAAGCACCAGAAGCAUUUGGUUAUACCGGUGAAAUUUAUGCCUCUACUUUCAAUGUUAACGGUGUAUUAGUUGAACCAAGAUUUACUUUGAGAGUUAAGUCAAAAAUAACGUUUGAAGAUGCUAUUAAAAGUAAAGCUGACAAAGUUGAACUCGAAGCAAUGAACAAAGUUUUGAAAUCUCAUAAACACAACAUCUCCGAUAUAAAUGAACUUCAAGCUACAUUAGACAGUAAAGCUGACAAGAACCAUACAAACGAAUCCUUCACUACUGUUAGAGCAGACGAUGUAAUAUUGAACUAUACUCUCGGUUCAAGUGCACCUUUAGAGAAUCCGAGUACAAGCGUAAAAGAUACACUAAACUCCUUAAAUAACAAAUGUAUGAAUAUCGAAGGUCAUGUCAGAAACUUUGAAACACAUGAACUACCAGCAAUGUUAGAUAAAAAAGCAGAUAAAGAACAUACACAUAAAUCCUUCACUACUGUUAGAGCAGACGACAUAAUAUUGAACUUUGACCUUGGUUCAAGUGCACCAUUAGAAAAUCCAAGUACAAGCGUAAAAGAUACUCUUAACAAUUUAGAUAAGAGUUGCAGGAAUAUCGAAGAUCAUGCCAGAAACUUUGAAGCAUAUGAACUACCAGCAAUGUUAGAUAAGAAAGCAGACAAAACAGAGCUUCAAACAUUAAAGACAGAAAUACUUCAAACAUUAUAUCCUAUAGGUUCUAUUUAUACGUCAAUGAACUCAACAAAUCCAGCAACAGUUCUGGGUUUCGGUACGUGGGAACAGAUUGUAGAUAAAUUCUUAUACUGUGCUAGAUAUUCAAAGCAAACAGGAGGUUCGAAGAAAAUUACUGAAGCAAACCUUCCACCGCACACUCAUACAGGAACUACAAACUUUUCUGGCGACCAUAGCCACUCAUUAAGAGACCACCCAUUAUACAACUCAGAGUAUGAAGCUGGCAAUGACGUUUUAUCUCCAUCUUAUAACAAUGCAGCAAAAAAGACUUUUCGACCAACUGAACCAGGAGGAAAUCAUUCACACACUUUCACAACAAAUCCAACAGGCUCGGGUGCAGAUUAUAUGCCACCAUUUGUGACUGUAUUCGCAUGGUAUAGAGUUCAAUGA